AAUGAUGUAUUUGAGCCAGGAACCAAGGAACUAUUUUUGAAUUCUUAAUUGAAUUAUUUUUCAAAGGACAAUUGCAACAGUUAGAAACAGGAUUUCAUCUAGGAUAAAUUAGGGAAUAUACAUCGCUGUAUUGCAAAAACUUAUGAAACUGUUGGAUUGUAGCGUUAUUACUAUAAAUAAGUUUUGAUGAAAGAUUUAUUCAGCAAAAAUGUCUGUAUUUAUUAGGAUUCUUUUGAAAUUAAGCGUCUAUGCUAACAAAAAGUAUAUUACAAUAUUUAUGACAUAUCUAUAUGUGCUAACAUUUGUAGUGUUAAUCAGCUCGCAUGUGCGACUUUCAAAGGACUACGUACUCCGUGAUAUUGGUUUGAAAAGUUAUCUGAAGAGGUCAUUGAGUGAAUAUAACGAACAAGAUACAGAAAUGAAAGGACAUGCAAUUGUAAAAGAGCAAGACGAAAAUAAUGUUGCGGACAGCAUGUUUAUAAACAAAAUGCCUCAAAACAAUGAAAGAGGCAAUCCAUUUAGGGACAGAAAACAACGACAAAACAAAGAAAUUAAUGGACCAAAAACAAAUAACCAUGAAGAAGAAAAGCAAAACAUGGAAACGAUAAAUAAGGGCGAGAUCAUUAAUGUAAAACGCACAGACCCGGACAAUGACAAGAAGAAGACAAUAGACAUUGAAAAUUCAAAUGCAGUUAAAUCUGAAUAUCCAAAUGUGGAAGUGGUCAAUAAUUUCCAUUUUGACAAUACACCGGAUAUCAAAGAAGGUAUUUUUCAAAAUAUAACCGAAGAUGGAACAUUCUUAUUAUUUUCAGCAUAUUUAGAUAACAUAAAUGGUCAGCCUUAUAUCAAGGUGUUAGCUAUAAACGGUAACACAUAUCUACCGAAAUUCUAUUGCGAAGUUACAAACCAUAACAACUUCGUUGUCACAACCAAAGGAAAGAUUUGGAUGCUCCCGGAUCAUCAUGAAAAAAUUUAUAAAACUGUGUUCCUGUACUGUCCAUUACCCGAUGAUAACAUUCCACAUCACGUGUCAAUAAUACCAAUUAAAAAGCCUGCCCGACUUCACAGACUUCCGGUCAUGUAUCAUCCGAAAAUGUUACGAAACUUCACUGUUUGUCUGUCCCCUCUGUUUUUCAACAAUAGCAUAGCGAAUGAGCUUGUCGAGUGGUUUGAAAUAAAUAAACUGAUGGGAGCAGAUCUGUUUAUUGUAUAUAACCACACAACGUUUGGACGGACAGAUGAAAUUUUGAAUCACUAUGAGAAAGAAGGUUGGAUUAAAGUCAUUCAGUGGCAGCCACCAGUGUAUUCAGAUUUACAUUAUUUUGGACAAGUUGCUAUGAUGAAUGAUUGUUUAUUUCGUACUUACAAGAUCUCUAAAUAUAUGGUAAAUAUUGACAUUGAUGAAUUGAUAAUACCACGAAAAGGUAAAACUACCUGGGGCGAAUUAAUGACAUCAUUUCCACAAAAUUUUUGUGAAUACAGUUUUAGAAGUACAUUAAUGCCAUUUGAGAGCAAGAACGUUUUUGAAGGAAAACAGCGUGCAAGGGAGCUAAAUCUUCAUUUCUUACUACGCAUGUCAAGGCGAGAGUAUAUCUUCGGCAAAACGGUAAGAUCAAAGUACAUCGUUAACACAACAUGUAUUGACACUGUAGGGAUACAUUACUGCUGGAAAUAUCGUAAUGGAACUGCUGAUACUCAAAGAUACCACGUGACACCGCGUGAUUCACUUACUUACCAUUUCCGGAACGAACCGGUUGCAAAGAAAGGAAAAGAAAUAGAGGAAAAGGCAGUAUACAAAUAUCAUACACAGUUAAUUGAAAAUGCUAAAGCGAGAUGGGAGAAGAUAAACGCUGAAAGAAAGUUAUCAAAGGAAAAAACUUAAGUGAAAUAAGAUUUUAUUUAAGUGUAAAUAUGAUGAGGAUUUCAAUGAACGUAAUCUAUAUAUUACAAAUAAGCUUGGACUACAGUUAUUAUAAAUUACGUAAAUACUUUGUUAAAUUUAACUCUCGUAAUUCAGAUUUGGUUUUAAAAUAAAUAGCAAUUUAAAGACA